GGGCUCCGGGGGUGCGGGGGUGCGGGGGUGCGGGCGGCAGGCAGGGCCGGCGUGGCUCCAUGCUGCUGCCGCUGGCCUGCCUGCAUGGGCGGGUGGCUCAGUGCCUAACCUCCCUGCUGGUGCUCGCAGAGCCGCUGCCCAGGCCCCGGCGCGGCGCGAAGGCGCGCUGCGCCGCGCCGACCAGUGUGGAGGCGGCCCCGGCCGGAGCGACGAUGGCCGCAGAACUGUACCCGCCCGCCGGCGCCUCCGCAGCUACUGCCACCGACAUCGCCAACAGCAACGCGGCGGGCGCGGCCGUGGGCAGGAAGGUCGGCCUUUGCUGCCCGCCCUGCCUGGCGCCCGCCCCGCUGCCGCCCUUGCCCGCGCCACCCGCGCCAGACAACAACAAUCCCGAGAGCCCCAACUGGCAGUCCUUCCACCCGACGCUGCGCGAGAGGAAUGCGCUCAUGUUCAACAACGAGCUGAUGGCUGACGUCCACUUCAUCGUGGGAGCCCUGGGGGCAGCCAAGCGCGUGCCCGCCCACAAGUACGUCUUGGCUGUUGGCAGCUCCGUCUUCUAUGCCAUGUUCUAUGGGGACCUUGCGGAAGUCAAGUCAGAAAUCCACAUUCCUGAUGUCGAGCCUGCUGCCUUCCUGGUCUUGUUAAAGUACAUGUACAGCGAUGAGAUUGAUCUGGAAGCAGACACAGUACUCGCCACUCUGUAUGCUGCUAAGAAGUACAUUGUGCCUGCAUUAGCCAAGGCCUGCGUCAACUUUCUGGAGACAAGCCUGGAAGCCAAAAAUGCCUGUGUCCUGCUAUCCCAGAGCCGACUGUUUGAGGAACCUGAACUGACCCAGCGCUGCUGGGAAGUCAUUGAUGCACAGGCUGAGAUGGCUCUGAGGUCAGAAGGCUUCUGUGAAAUUGAUCGGCAGACCCUGGAGAUCAUUGUGACCAGGGAGGCCCUCAACACCAAAGAGGCUGUGGUCUUCGAGGCGGUCCUGAACUGGGCUGAGGCAGAGUGCAAGAGACAGGGUCUCCCUGUCACCCCUCACAACAAGAGGCAUGUUUUGGGAAGUGCCCUCUAUCUAGUCCGAAUUCCAACUAUGACCCUAGAGGAGUUUGCCAACGGUGCUGCCCAGUCAGACAUCCUGACCUUAGAGGAGACCCACAAUAUCUUCCUUUGGUACACAGCUGCCAAGAAGCCCCUCCUUGACUUCCCCCUGACCAAGAGGAAAGGCCUCGCUCCACAGAGGUGCCACCGCUUCCAGUCCUCUGCCUACCGAAGUAACCAGUGGAGGUACCGUGGGCGCUGUGACAGCAUCCAGUUUGCAGUGGACAGAAGGGUGUUCAUUGCUGGACUGGGCCUUUAUGGGUCCAGUUCUGGGAAGGCCGAGUACAGUGUGAAGAUUGAACUCAAGCGGCUAGGGAUGGUCCUAGCUCAGAAUCUCACCAAGUUCGUUUCAGAUGGAUCCAGCAACACAUUCCCAGUCUGGUUUGAGCACCCAGUCCAGGUGGAGCAGGACACCUUCUACACAGCCAGUGCUGUCCUGGACGGCAGUGAGCUCAGCUACUUUGGGCAGGAAGGGAUGACAGAAGUGCAGUGUGGAAAGGUAGCCUUCCAGUUCCAGUGCUCCUCAGACAGUACCAACGGGACUGGAGUCCAGGGUGGACAGAUUCCAGAGCUCAUCUUCUAUGCCUAAGGUGUAGGGGUUGGGGUGGACUUGCCACCAGGCUCUUCCUCCAUGGAGUCUACCCAGUAAGUGCAGUGGAGGUGCAGGACACUGCCUACUGCCUUACUGACACCAUUAAAGGCUUGGCUUACUCUAUCAGCCCGAGUCUGAAACAGAUGACUUCUCUUUACAGCCACAGCCUAGGAACUGAAUUGCAGAUGUCCCCUGACCCGAGAUGGUAUUCCACAGAUGGAGGACAGACUUGGGUCCAAGGUAGUCCCAGGUCCCUGCCCAGUGACACCCAAGCUUCAGGACCCUUGGAUUUUCCUCCCAUUCUUUCGGAUUCGAAGUGGCUCCAGCCUACCUUGAGGCCUUCUAUUCAAGCCACAAGUUGCUGAAAAGUCACUUAAAAUAGUUCCAUCCUAUUUAAGUGAAUUUUCAUAAUAAAGGUUUUAACAGAACAAGA